AUGAAGUUCGGACACGAAUACUCGACCGCGCUCGCCAACGAAGGCUUUCCGCCAGAAUGGGUGGAAAAGGCGAUUGAAUACAAACAUCUCAAGAAAUGCAUCAAAAAGAUACACAACGAAUUGGAGGAUCUCGGACUGGACAAGCAGACCCUGACGGUUUUGGGAGAUUUGAUUGCACAGCCGCGGGAGGAGGAUCAAGAUGCAAAGGCUGGUAAGGAUGAGUUCUAUUGCGCUGUGAAACCGGUGUUGGAUGCGAUUCCGGAGGAGUUUACACCCCAGUUGAGGAUUCUCGUCGAUCGGAAGACGGGCACGCCAUUGGACGCGAGGCUGGCACCGGAGACGAGAAAGUCGUUGAGGAAGUUGGCCAGGCAUGAGAUUGUCGUUGCGGGCAGGAAGGAUCGUCUGGGAGGCGGGAACUUGGUUUAUGCGACACAUUCCGUAGCCCCGCCGGAGCACAAAGACGUGGAGGAGAAUGAGGAUUCGAGAUGGGUGUCAGUACCACUCGCGUCUGCCACCGACUUCUUCCUACUCCUGGAGCCCAAACUGCAGGAAUUGGAGAGGCUGCGAGAUGCCGAAACGCAUAACCUGGAAGAGGCUAUUCUCGAUCUGGGAGACGCCGUGGAGAAUGUCAUUCAACCUGUUCGAGAUGGAUACGAGACGCACCGACGAGUCAGCUACCGAGAUCUCUACUUCUGGCGAGAGAUGUUCCGUCUUUACCUGGAGAAACCGAUCUUUUACAGCGACACGGAGAACAAGCGAGGUGCUGUCGCCUUUUCGGAAGCGAAACGCAAUCUGGAAGAAUACGAUCAACAACUGCGAACCACAGGUCUUCUCGACAAGAUGAGGACUCCACAAGCCAAACUUGCCUCCAAACAGUUCCUCGACUUGAAUGUCAGGAUUCUCAGCAUCAUGCAUUUCCAAGAAAUGAACGCUCGCGCCAUGACCAAGAUCCUCAAAAAGUUCAACAAGCGCACACACCUCCAAGGCCAACAAUUUAUCAAAAGUUUACGAGGCUCUCCCAACCUACUCACUCUGGCUGUUAGAAACAAACCUUCCGAAGCGGGGAUCUUUGCCGACGCCAUCGCCCGUGACUUGUACGCCGAAAUUGGCAGUAAAGUUCUCGCCAUCGUUCCGCAACUGGAUGAUUGGAUCUGUCCAGUCUGUUAUGGCAUGGCCUGGCUUCCCGUGAAACUUGGAUGUUGUCGCGCCGUCUUUUGCAUAAGAUGCAUCAUCCGUCUCCAGAAUGACGGCGUGAAGAAAUGUCCAAUGUGCAAUUCUGAAACUGUUGUCAACGCUGACGGACGUAACUUGGACUUGAAGACAGAGCAAUUUUUGAAAAAGUUCUUUCCCAUGGAAGUCAAAAAGAGACAAAAGGAGAAUGAACGGGCGGCGCUUGAGAGAGAGUACGGGGAGGAGUUCACGAGGAAGGCGUGUGUUGUUAUGUAG